UCCAAAAGUGUGACCCUUUCACAACCCUAAUAAUAAUCUUACGCACUUUUAUUUGAAAAUAAUAAUAAUCUUUCGCACUUUGUAAAGACCAAAAUAGAAAUAGAACAUAGUUGAAAUGAAACCUACUCCUAAAAAGUUGUAAAAAAAAAAACUACUAAAAAUUCUCUUCCUCCGACCGCCAUAAACUCUCCUACUUUUUCUUCUUUCAUGGCCCGAAGAUCCGCUCCAUCCCUUUUAAGACACCUUAUCGAUCCCUCCACUCGGAUAAACCCUAAAAUUCAAUCGAAUCCAUGGCUUUCAAACUCAAGAUCCGUCACCUACAUGCCCCGUCCUGGAGAUGGAGCUCCACGAAAAGUCACCUUAAUUCCGGGUGAUGGUAUCGGACCUUUGGUAACAGGAGCGGUGGAACAAAUCAUGGAGGCCAUGCAUGCGCCAGUUUUCUUCGAGAAGCAUGAAGUAUUUGGGAACAUGAAGAAGAUUCCAGAAGAAGUGUUGGAUUCUAUUAGGAAGAAUAAGAUUUGUUUGAAAGGUGGUUUGGCUACUCCUGUUGGUGGUGGUGUUAGUUCUUUGAAUAUGCAAUUGAGAAAAGACCUUGAUUUGUAUGCUUCUUUGGUUAAUUGUGUUAAUCUUAAAGGAUUACCAACUAGGCAUAAGAAUGUUGAUAUUGUUGUUAUUAGGGAGAAUACUGAAGGAGAGUAUUCUGGUCUUGAACAUGAGGUUGUUCCCGGCGUUGUUGAGAGCCUUAAGGUGAUAACAAAGUUUUGCUCAGAGCGCAUUGCAAAGUAUGCAUUCGAGUAUGCUUACCUCAACAACAGAAAGACCGUGACUGCUGUACACAAAGCCAACAUCAUGAAGCUGGCAGAUGGCCUUUUCUUAGAAUCUUGUAGAGAAGUUGCUAAAAAAUAUCCAGGGAUCAAGUACAAUGAGAUCAUUGUGGACAAUUGCUGCAUGCAGCUUGUAUCGAAGCCUGAACAGUUUGAUGUCAUGGUGACACCAAAUCUAUAUGGGAAUCUCGUGGCAAAUACUGCUGCAGGUAUAGCUGGUGGUACUGGAGUAAUGCCUGGAGGCAAUGUGGGAGCAGAAAAUGCUGUUUUUGAACAAGGUGCCUCAGCAGGAAAUGUUGGAAGUGACGAAAUCGUAAAAGAAAAGAAAGCCAACCCAGUUGCUCUUUUGCUCUCAUCUGCCAUGAUGUUAAGACAUCUCCAAUUUCCGUCUUUUGCUGAUCGAUUGGAGACUGCUGUAAAAAGAGUGAUAGCCGAGGGCAAGCAUCGAACGCCAGAUCUGGGAGGUGACAGCACUACCCAAGAGGUGGUUGAUGCAAUCAUAGAAUCUCUUGACUAAGGUUCUCCCUGGUUUCCAACUUUAAAGCCAGGCCUAAUUUUUAUGGCAUCUGCUUGCAGAACUGUCCAUAUCAUUAAGAUCUUCUCAGCAUUGGCAAAAUACUUUGAUUUUAGUAAUAAUUUUUCAAAUUGAAUUAAUGAUUGAAAGGUACAAAGCAUUUCGAUGAAAUACGACAUUUAUCAGUUCAAGUGGAAGCUCUCAGAUACUGUUUCUUCGUUCUCCACCGUUGAAGAUGUGGUUUGCCCCGUACGACACUGGGAAAUGAUGUAUAUUCUUUAUGUAAUCGUUUAAAAGUUACAGCGAAGCGCUGAAAACUAUGAGUUUUACAUUAUGGUAACUGCGAAUUCGUGCUUUAGACUUUUAUGAGUAAGUAAGCUGACAGCACCUGUAUAAUGAAACAUCAGGCCUUGCAGAGUUGUGAGGUACAAGUAUUUUUCUGAGUUAUAGCAAUAAAGUGAUGAAAUUUUCAUA